AUUGGAAUAUUUGUCCAAACAAGAUAGUCUUGAGCCCGACGGGAAGACAGCAUGGAGAUGCAUUCGUCAGCGAUUUCUGGGUUUAUUGUUGUGUUUUUAGCGUUUGUAGAUUUCAGUACUGUUUGUACUGCAGAAUCCGAAGGUCCAUUCAUAGGGAAGCCAGGAGUGUGCCCCAGCAGCAACUCGAAAGUAGGGUUGUGUGCGGAGUUCUGCUCCGAUGACAGCAACUGUCCCAACGACGAGAAAUGCUGUUCUAACGGCUGUGGGCAUCAAUGCAUCGCCCCCUACACAGGGAAGCCAGGAGUGUGUCCUUGCACGCUAUGGGGACCACGGCCAGUAUGUGGGGAGUUCUGCUCCGAUGACAGCAACUGUCCCAAGGACCAGAAAUGCUGUUCUAACGGCUGUGGGCAUCAAUGCAUCGCCCCCUACACAGAGAAGCCAGGAGUGUGUCCUUGCAGGCUAUGGGGACCACGGCCAGUAUGUGGGGAGUUCUGCUCCCGUGACUGCGACUGUCCCAACAACGAGAAAUGCUGUUCUAAUGGCUGUGGGCAUCAAUGCAUCGCCCCCUACACAGAGAAGCCAGGAGUGUGUCCUUGCAGUCGAUGGGGACCACGGCCAGUAGGGUUGUGUGUGGAGUUGUGCUCCCGUGACUGCGACUGUCCCAACAACGAGAAAUGCUGUUCUAAUGGCUGUGGGCAUCAAUGCAUCGCCCCCUACACAGAGAAGCCAGGAGUGUGUCCUUGCAGGCGAUGGGGACCACGGCCAGUAGGGUUGUGUGUGGACUUCUGCUCCCGUGACUGCGACUGUCCCAACAACAAGAAAUGCUGUUCUAACGGCUGUGGGCAUCAAUGCAUCGCCCCCUACACAGAGAAGCCAGGAGUGUGUCCUUGCAGUCGAUGGGGACCACGGCCAGUAGGGUUGUGUGUGGAGUUGUGCUCCCGUGACUGCGACUGUCCCAACAACGAGAAAUGCUGUUCUAAUGGCUGUGGGCAUCAAUGCAUCGCCCCCUACACAGAGAAGCCAGGAGUGUGUCCUUGCAGGCGAUGGGGACCACGGCCAGUAGGGUUGUGUGUGGACUUCUGCUCCCGUGACUGCGACUGUCCCAACAACAAGAAAUGCUGUUCUAACGGCUGUGGGCAUCAAUGCAUCGCCCCCUACACAGGGAAGCCAGGAGUGUGUCCUCGCAGGCAAUGGGGAGCAGGGUUGUGUGCGGAGUUGUGCUCCCAUGACUGCGACUGUCCCAACAACCAGAAAUGCUGUUCUGACGGCUGUGGGCAUCAAUGCAUCGCCCCUAUACAGGUAAACAUCAUAAACUGGGGGCUGAGGGGUUUUAUGUAAAAUUACACUGGGUAA